ACGAUUUAUGCUUUAAAACGCCCUCUCCUACAAGCGAUAUUUAUCAUCAUUUUCUGUGGCACUCCCGUCUCUUGAACGUUGUGUUUAAAUUCUCUUUGGUAGGUACCCCGUACCUAACCGUAAAGUAUAUACCUUUUGUCAUCUGUGAAAUAGGCCGAGGAUAUAGGUUUUGUGAAAUUAAAACUUUAUUAUUUUAUUAAUAAGUGAACAUAUUAUAAUUGUUAUCUGUGAUUUAGUUUUUAGCAAGAUUUCAAUUUCAAGUUUCUAGUUUCUACUCGCUUUCUAGCACAGAACACUAUUACUAGCUCUAGCUUCCAGUUUCCACCAUUGGGUCUUGACUUCAGUAGGUAUUUUUGUUCCGUGCUCUCUUGUUUUGUUACUUGUAUGUACCGAAGUCAGAAACUCUAUAGAGUAUUAUUCAGAAUUGUGAUUUGUUAAAUAGUUAUAAACUUGUCAAACAAAUGGUUUAACAGACACCCGCAUCUUAACAAACUUAUCCUAUCUGCAAAUUAAUUAUGUCUUAUCAACUGUAUAGAAAUACUACUAUUGGCAACACAUUGCAAGAGAGCCUAGAUGAAUUAAUACAAUAUGGGCAAAUAACACCAACUUUAGCUGUUAAAGUACUAUUACAGUUUGAUAAAUCUAUUAAUCAAGCAUUAUCAAACAGAGUAAAGUCAAGAUUAACAUUUAAAGCAGGAAAAUUAAAUACUUACAGAUUUUGUGACAAUGUUUGGACCUUUAUGUUGAAUGAUGUUGAGUUCCGAGAAGUACAAGAGGUAGCAAAAGUGGACAAAGUGAAAAUUGUUGCCUGUGACGGGAAAAAUGUUGAUGAUCGACGGUAAUUCAUAUGAACAUACCCAAAUGGACUGGUUUAUUAUUUGGAUACAAUUUGUUUGACUUUAACACUACUAUGAAUAAAUUAAGCUAUAAUUGACAUUUUA